AUGAACGUUUCCAAGAGCUCUUGGCGUUUACAGGCGAUGGUGAAUGAUGUGGAGCAAUCAUUACCACACGAUAAAGGUCGUCGAUACUACAAUCGUCAAUUGGUAGAAAUGUUGGAGCAGAGUGACUAUAACCGUGCGUGGGCUAUUGUCGAGACAUUGCAUCGACGAUAUCCAAACAAGGCGGUACUCUGGACGUAUACGUACAAUCUGAUACUCCGUCAUUAUUGUAAACAGCAAAAGACACUGAUGAAUUUGAAUCUGACGCGCAUUCUGGCGCUAUUGGACGUGAUGGUAGCUCAAGGCUGUGCGAACCAGAUAAGUUUUCAAGUAGCCAUGGCUGCGUGCAGUCGUGCACGGCAUUUACGCAGUGCGAGACAUGUACUGGAGAAGAUAAAGGAAGCUGAUAAGAAACCGGAUGAAAGAAUAUACGGCUUUUUGAUCAAUUGCUGUGCAAGAAAGCAAGGACUAAUCAAGAUUGCGGAACGUUAUUUUUAUGAAAUGAUACUUGCAGGAGUAAAACCGACCAUGUUGGUGAUCAAUGCCUUGCUGCGGGUAUACUCGCGUGAUUCAGGACGGUCCAACGCGAUGUUGAAGCUUGUAGAGCGUGCAAUGGAUGAGUUUGGGCUAGUUCCCGACACUGUCACAACACGGACGAUCGUGUAUUAUCUUUUGCGUAAAGGUGACAUUGAUGGCGCUGUGAAUUUUUUGCAACAGGUUGAUAGUCUUUCGUUUGCGAAAUUAAUGAAGCUGCCAGUAAGGCGUCAAGUGGUGAAUGCGCUGGUUGAUGCUUGUCGGCAACGUGGUGAGUGGGAUUUGGCUGAGUACGGGCUUACGAUAUUAGAAAGGACCGAUGAAGAGAGCGUUUCAGCUGUCGAUCUUGCCAGAAAUGUUCAAGACUCGAUUGAACUGAAGAAGCUGGUUGCGAGACGUGAUGCUGUGACCGUGGCGGUAGUCUGGGCGCUAGAUAAUCAAGAUUGGUCUCAAAUGACACGACUGGAAAAGGGAGCAUUUUUGCGGGAUCGGAAUCAGAGCGAAAGUUUUGAGCGCGCAUUGGAGUACAUGCGCACAUGCAACUCUUUUUCGAAGAAGCGGGCGAUUGAAAGGCUUUCCUUAAAGCUGGAGGGUAAAUUACGGAUAUUGGAUGAACUGAUUUGCACCAGGAGUGCAAGUGCAGAAGACUUUAAUGCCAUGCUAUGUGCCUGCGGGAGACAGGGACAUUCAGCAGACGCAGUGUCUGUUAUGACGAAGAUGAAAAAAUACGCAGAAGUUACGCCAGAAUGCAAGCCGACGAUUUGGAGCUAUAACGCGUUGCUAAAUGGGUAUGCAGUCGGUGGCAAUGUUGAGCACAUAGAAGCGGUUGUGAAUGAGAUGAUCGACAAUGAAUUGCAGCUUGACCAAGUGACCAUGAAUACGGUGAUGAAGGGCUAUAUUGCAAGUUUGAAGGGUGGUAUUAGUAGAAGCCCACAGGUGCGUCUUAACAAUGUGGUACGAGCGCUUUCGUUUUUUGAGUGGUGUACAGAAGACCAAAAACUUGAUCCAGGGGCAGCAACCUAUUAUUUGAUGUUUCGGUUGUUUUCAACAUAUUUGGGGAUACCAUGCAAAGGAAGCAAUUACCAACCCAAUGACGAAGAUCAGCUGAGCGAUGGUAGCUAUAGUGAGGAAAUCGUGGAUGGCCCAGACGGCGAACUCAUGGCGUGGAUGGGAAAGUUCAUAUCCAGCACCUGCCACGACGCGCCUCUCGGGUCUCUGGAUAUCGGUGUGUUUAACAAUGCGUUUGACUAUUACUACCGCCUUGGUGACGUGGACGCAUCGUUUGCACUAUUCAAUUUGAUGAAAAAGCGCGGGUUUGAGCCAAACGACACCACUCUUGGACUGAUGUUUGCUACAUGCGCUAGCCAGCAACAAUUUGAGGUAGGCUUAAAGUUUUUAGACCAUUUAAUGACCGUCGACGGUUAUAAGCCCACGCUGAAGGUACUCCGUGGUGCCAUGCAAUUGUGUGCAAACUCAAAGAACCCGGACGGAACGCUGGAGCUCUUUCGGGCUAUUGAAUCGUCAGGCUUAUUUUCGCUUACUGUAGAAACUUACGAACCCGUGGUGUUUGCAUAUGCUCGCGUUGGGAACGUAGCUAGUGCGUGGGAGAUUGCAAACGAGAUGGAAGAGAAACUAGGGAGAGUAUCAGUUAGUAUUUACAACCGUAUCUUAUUGGCGUGCGUGGAAGCUGCUCUUCCUGGGCGUGCCUUGGAAGUGCUAGGUGUGAUUCGGCGAAAGGGAGUGACUCCGGACAUUAUUUCUUACAACACGGCACUGGAAGCUUUUGUAAAAGCUGGCGAGCGAGCGGCAUGGUGGAGAAAGCACAAAGGCAGUUGGGAGGGGGAAGAUGUAGAUAGCGACAUUGGUGAAGCUGACAGGAAUGACUAUUUUGGAAGUGUUGAUGUGAUGAAAGGUGAAUGUGGUUCAGGAGAGCCUACUCUGGUUGCUGGUUGUAGUGUGAAUCUGGUGCCAUCUAAAGAUUAUGAGCUUGAACAACGUGAGAAAGCUACAUGGGUUCGUGCUAGCAUUCUGGGUCUACUCGAGGACAUGCAGCAAGGUCAAGUGAGACCGGACAUGAUAACUUAUGAGCGUGCAAUAGCAGCGUGCAGUGUUAAUGAGGAUUCCGAAGGUGUGAUCACUAUAUUCGACCACUAUCUCAUCGAUCGAAGCAAGAUUACCGUCGAGCUGAAAAGCGAUCUCGUAACUGAGUCCUCUUUUUCAGCCUAUCUCGUGGAGUGCACGUCAUUGCAAGACAAAGACCGUGUGAUUGAAGCUUUGUCACUUUUCCGCAAAUGGCACGCUGCAACGGGCCAAGCGCCACCAGCAUUUGUCAUGGCGCAAUUGUUGGACUCACUGGACGAUUUAGGCGAAUGGCGUCGAGCUGUUCGGAUGCUUCCCAAUUGGCAGGCAUUGUUUGGUGUUCCGCCCAGCGUUGCUGUAUUUAAUCGUAUCAUGCAAAUGUGUAACCGUGCAGAAGAAUACCAGCUUGUGGCUCCAAUAUUCGCUACUAUGCAGGAUACCGCAGCUUAUCGUGUUUACCCCGACACAGAAAGUUACAUUCAACGAAUUUAUGCUGAGGAGCAGCGCGAAAAUUGGGUAGCAGCCACGGAUCUGUUUAUAGAGAUGCAGAAAAUAUGUCCGAGCGAUGACAUUCCACACCAACAGCUUCAAAAAAUUGCAUUAGGUCGCUACAGGAUGCGUCAAAACGAGCAUUAA